AAAUAUCUAACUAUUUUUAAAAUCUGUUUAGGACUUUAUAAGAUAUUAGUAAUACUGUUUAGGCUUAUAAAAGCCCCUACUAUAUUCCAGUACUAUAUUAAUAAUAUUUUAAAAAACUAUUUAGACGUUUUUUAUACUAUAUAUUUUAAUAAUAUUCUAAUAUACAGAAUAUUUAGAAUAUAUCUGCUAUAUUUUAUAAAAGCUAUAUAA